AUGAAGAUCACGUUUUUCCUAGUAGCUUGUGUGGUACAUUUGUGUUUCCUUGGUGUUUGUCAAGGAGGCAGCCUCAGAAAGGAGUUCUACCGGCAUUCCUGCCCUCAAGCCGAGGACAUCAUAAACAACAAAACCCAGCAGCAUGUCUCUGCCAAUCCCAAUUUGCCCGCCAAGUUGCUUAGAAUGCAUUUUCAUGACUGUUUUGUCAGGGGUUGUGAUGGCUCGGUUCUGUUGAACUCCACUGCAAAUAAUACUGCAGAGAAGGAUGCAAUUCCUAAUUUAACAUUGUCUGGCUUUGAUGUCAUUGAUGAUAUUAAAGCUGCGGUGGAAGCAACAUGUCCCCAAACUGUAUCCUGUGCUGACAUUGUGGCAUUGGCAGCUAGGGACGCUGUUUCUGUCCAAUUCAAUAAAACAAUGUGGGAAGUGCUGACUGGUAGAAGAGAUGGCACAGUAUCAAACAGUAGCGAAGCCUUGGCCAACAUCCCACGACCUACCUUCAACUUCACCCAACUCAAACAAAGCUUUGCUAGUAAAGAUCUCAAUGUGCACGAUCUGGUUGUAUUAUCAGGAGCACACACAAUUGGAAUAGGUCAUUGCAGCUCGUUCAGUAACAGGCUUUAUAAUUUCACGGGAAAGGGUGAUCAAGACCCUUCAUUAAAUACCACUUAUGCUGCAUUUUUGAAGACUAAAUGCCAGAGCCUGAGUGACACAACAACAACGGUAGAAAUGGAUCCUGGCAGCUCUACCAAUUUCGAUAGUGACUAUUAUCCAAACCUUCUACAGAAAAAGGGUCUGUUCCAAUCAGAUGCUGCCCUUCUAACAAAAGAUGAGUCAACAGAUAUUGCUAAAGAAUUGGUUAAACAAAACAAGUUCUUCACAGAGUUCGCGCAGUCAAUGAAGAGGAUGGGAGCCAUUCAGGUCCUCACAGGCUCCGCUGGGGAAAUUCGAAUUAAGUGUUCGGUUGUCAACUCAUAAAUAAUUAAGACCUGUUCUAUGGUUUCAGUUUCCUUUUUUCUAUUGUAUCUUUUAAUUGUUGUAAA